AUGAAGGCUCGCGCCAUCGUCCUACUGGACCUCGACUACUUCUACUGCCAAGUCGAGAUGCUCCGCAACGGGCUUCCGGCGGAGCGGCCAGUCGCCGUAACCCAAAAGUUCCUCGUCGUGACAUGCAACACCCUCGUCGCGUCUGAUGAGGCGAUGCAGGCGCUUCGCGCCUUUGGGCCGGUGCAGCGAGUCGGUCUGGACGAGUUCUUCAUCGACGUCACAGCUGCGGCCGAGGCGCGUGCUAGCGCUGGCGCCUGGGCGCCAGGCACGCACGUCCACACCGCCGCGCAGGGCACGACCACGGCAGAAGCUCUCGCCCGCGCGGGCACCGCGCCUGCCGUCCGCCGCGCAACGGGCCUGACCAGCUCCGCCGGCGUCGCGCACAACAAGCUGCUCGCCAAGCUCGCAGCCUCGCUGCACAAGCCGGACGCGCAGACCGCGCUGCCCGCCUCCGAGGCGAGCGCGUUCGUCGCGCCGCUGCCGCUGCGCGCGCUGCAAUACUGCGCUCGCGCGGCGGCGGCGCUGCACGCCACCGGCUGCACCACGGUGGCGGAGGCGCGAGAGGCGGGGCUGGCGGCGCUGCAGCGCGCGCUCGGCGCCGCCGCAGGGCGGAGGCUGGCGGCGCAGUGCGAGGGGGCGUGCGCCGAGCCGGUCAAGGAGAGCGGGCCGCCGCUCUCGGUGACGGUGGAGGACUCGUUCAAAGCGGCGCACUCGGUGGAGGCGCUGCGGCUGGUGCUGCAGGUGCUCGCGCCGGACCUGCGGCGGAGGCUAGCGGACGAGGCGGCUGCGGCGUCGCGCGGCCGGUUUGCGAGCUCGCUACAGGUGCGGUGGCGGCACCACGGAACACGCACGAUGCAGAACCCGACCGGCGAGCGCGACGCGUCGGCGGCCCUCUCUGCGUCAGUCGCUCGUGCGCCAUGCCGUCGGGCGCCAGCGGGGAGCGAGGCGCCGCCGCCAUCGCCGCCGCUGCUGAGGCGGCCGCCGUUCCACCUGACGCUGCUCGCCCUCUCCGCCACCAAGUUUGCGCAGGCGGGCGGGCUGCAGGCGGGCGGGCUACGCGACGCGGCGGGCUCGCGCGGAGCAGUUGCCGGCGAGAAGGGCGCGUCGCCACAGGCGAAGCAGGCGGCGGCGGCGCAUCGAGAUUUCCGCUCGGGGUAUCAGUUGGGCCAGGGCUCUCCGGUGGUGCUGAUGAGCAAGGCGGAGGAGAGGCGCGACUGGAGCGAGUGGGCGUGGGAGGGCGGCGGGGAGGAGGAGCUGUGCGGCGGCGACGAGGAGGCUGGCGGCGCAGAGCCGCACGACGUGGGCCCCUGCUUCCCCUCCCUGCGGGAGCUGGGGGCACGGAGCCCGAGCGGAGAGGCGGGAGCGAACGAGGCGCAGGAGGCAGGGCUCGCGGGCAGGAACCGCCUGCCCGUGUGGAGCGAGGUGGCGCCAGCGGCGCGCGGAGGCCGGGAAAGCGCGAUCGAGGACACAGCGACCACGAGGGACGUCGUCUACUUGUGUUCCAAUGUGUUGCGUCUGUACGCGGGAAACAUGGCCUCCCACCGCAUCGGCGCCCGCCUCUCUGGCCUCUCCCCGGAGCAGCUGCUCGUGAUCAUCAAGGAGCAGGGUCUCUCACGCUCGCAGCUGUGCGCCAUCAUCGAGGCGCAGGCGGGCGAGAGCGCCGCCGCGCUGCGCGUGGCGGAGGAGCACGCCGCACGGCUCGUGGAGCAGCCCGAGUGGGUGCUCUCCGAGGUCCUCCUCUCGCCGGACCUCGCCCCGCACAUCCUCGCCCAGCUGCCGACCAAGGCGCACGCCGCCAAGGGGACAUGCCGCGCUGCUAAAGUGCACACGCCACAAACGAGGGGUGGACGGCAAAAAAUAAAUCCUGUUUUUUUGUCGGGCUGUGUGAGCCCGAAAAAGCAGGACAGCUUCGGCUGA